GCGGCUCAGUGUGGCUUCUAUUGGCUCAGAGAAACGUCAAUCACAAAGACGCGCAAUUCUAUUGGUCACAGCGCUUCUGGAAAGCCGUGUUUAUCAAGGAAAGGCUGCUGAACUUGUGUGUCUUCUUUGCUACAUGCUAGGAGGCGUCACAUGGGACAUUACACUGUUACCUGACAGCUGAACUCUCUACAGACCUGUUGAACCUUUCACACACUCACAAGCGGACAACAACAUGGCAAGCGUUGGCCGGCUCUCCACCAAAGAUGCAGUGCUCUUCCUGUGUGACAUGCAAGAGAAGUUCAGACCCAACAUCUUCCAGUUCACCAACAUCGUCAGCAAUGCUUCCAGAUUGCUCCAGGCCAGUCGUGUUCUGGGUAUCCCCCCCAUUCUGACAGAGCAGUACCCUAAAGGCUUGGGUCCCACAGUACCAGAGCUGGGAGCAUCAGACCUGACAGCUCAUUCCAAAACUUCAUUCACCAUGAUGAUAGAGGAGGUGGAGAAGCAGCUGCAGGCCCUGGGGAACCCCAAGCAGGCUAUACUGUGUGGAAUAGAGGCCCACGCCUGUAUUGCAUGCACAACAUAUGACCUGCUCGAAAAGGGAAUGGAGGUUCAUAUUGUGGCUGAUGCUGUCUCAUCCAGAAGCCAGACAGACCGUUUGUUUGCUCUGUCCCGACUGAAGCAGAGCGGAGCUUUCCUCACCACCACAGAGGCUGUUCUGUUGCAGCUGGUUCAAGAUGCCAAACACCCAAACUUCAAGGAGAUCCAGAAGCUUUUGGCCCACCCGUCCCCUGACACUGGCCUCCUCAACUUCUUCAGCGCUCUGUAGGGAGAUCAUCACUGUCUUGAAGAAACUGUACAGAAUCUAACACACUGAUGUUAAACUUCAAUAAAGUGAUGCUGCUAUAAA